AUGCCUUCCGGGACUUCUUCCACGGAAUCUCAAAGCGGCAGCAGUUCCGCCGGCCUCAGUUCCAGCUCACCGUCCGCUCCCAACGGAAAAAGCACCACAGCUCCUCCGAAAGUUGCCCGAGAGGAUGCCAGCGUCGAACUCAAAAACAUGAAACCAGAUCGUGCGACUGUCAAGGGCUCAAUUCCCCUAGGAGAAGAUAUCAUGCAGAUUGCCCGAAUAGGCGAGAUCCCGGCUAUGCGACGACUCUUCGAGGAGAAGAAAUUCACUGCCAACCACCAGGAUGAUGAAGGCAUCACCCCUUUACACUGGGCGGCGAUCAACAACCAGUACGCGAUGUGCAAGUUCUUGCUGGACUCCGGCGCCGACGUGAAUGCCAAAGGAGGAGAAUCGGUGGCUACACCCGCCAUGUGGGCGGCGCAGCGGUGUCACUACUAUAUUGUUCACCUUCUUCUCCAACGUGGCGCCGACCCUCUGCUCACCGAUGUGCAAGGGUACAACAUUUUGCAUUUGGCAACCAUCGAUGGCAAUGCGUUCUUGCUUGUCUUGUUACUCCAGCAAGAAAUACCGGUGGACGUGGUUGACCAACAGGGUCAUACGGGACUGAUGUGGGCAGCUUACAAAGGAUUCCCGGCAUGUGUCGAUUUGUUCUUGCGCUGGGGCGCUAAUGCGAACGCGGUCGACGACGGUGGCCUGACUCCUCUUCACUGGGCACUGGUCAAGGGCUCCAUGCCCUGUGUCAUGAAGAUUCUAGAGUAUGGUGCCGAUAGGUUCACGAAGACACAAGAUGGCAAGAGUCCGGCAACGGUGGCCAGCGAGAUGAAUACAACGAGGAUAUGGUAUCGCGCUCUGGAUGAAUGUGGCUUCGACCUAGAUGGGAACAUGAAGGUCAUCCCCAUGGGAUUGAAUUCAUGGGUACGGAACAAAAACAUCAUGUCGAAGUUCUUCUUCUUUUGGCCAUUCUUAAUGGUCUUCGUGGCUCUAUGGAUUCUCAGCAACAUGGCCGUGUAUGCUGCUAUCCCGAUCAUGCUGGUUACCGUCUUUGGUCUACAAUGGGCGGCGCAGAAGGCUGCGAGUCGAAGUGUUUCGGAAUACAGGAUCCUUCAAAAAACGCCAUAUUUAUCUGGCGUAUUCGCAGGCUCUUUGUUCUGGGUUGGUGUCCGAUAUGUCCUCUAUGUACUGCCAGCCACAUAUUCCACCGCCCCGUUCUUUAACGCCUUUUUUGUCGUAUUCUACUCCUUGACGACCUACUUUUAUCUCUACGCCAUGAUCGAAGAUCCUGGUUUUGUCCCCAAACUCGGAAGCAGGAACCAACAAAGAGCAGUCAUUGGCGAGCUCUUUGAGCAGUGGAAGUUCGACGAAGAGAACUUUUGUGUGUCUUGCAUGGUCCGGAAACCUCUCCGGAGCAAGCAUUAUAUCAACGCCCUACCAGCACCGGCUGGACCCAAGUGCAAUAUAAUCAAUGACGCGCUGUGCGAUCUCGUGGUCCGUGACACGUUCACCCUUGUUCUCGAUUUGUGGAUAAGUAUUCAGCUGGUCUGGGUUACUAUGCUUUGCGCCGUUCAACUGGUUCAGGUUUCUCGAAACCAGACAACAUACGAGAAUAUGCGAGGCCAUUCAAUUGACAGAAGUCAUUCAAGUUCGCGAGCUUUCGCGUCCGCACUGACCGCUGGGACUACUUCACUAGAUGCCGCUGGCCUUUCGUCUGCGGGUCAAGGCCCGAACCCAGCCUUGGCGCCGGGGGCUCUUCAACGGCCGCGACGACAUGGGUGCUUGCAGCAGUGGUCCUCUCUCCUGGGUGUCGAUACUUUCUUCGCUACCGCACGGGAUGGCCUGCGGGAUGGCCGCCACUCACAGCGCCCCAAAAACCCCUUUUCGCGAGGCUUUGUUACCAACUGCCGCGACUUCUGGUGUGACCCGGCGCCUUACUUUGGCAAGCGCGAAUCCGGUUCUGCAAUGCUCGGUGGUGAAGUGGUCAACUAUAAUCAGAUGUACGAGGCUCCGUUGCGGAUGCAUACCGGUGGUCGGUACCGUAGCCUAGCCGGAGAGGAACCCGAGCAGAUGGUUUGA